GCGGCUUUUAGCCGUUGCAUUGAUAUUGAGGUUAUGGAAUAGUAAUUAAAAUUAUUUUUUGAAAAUAUGGAUAAAAGGAGAUUUCCCAUUCGUAAUAACAGUUUAAUUUAUGAAAAUUCCUAUAAUAAUGGUACAUGUAAUAAGUGAAGAUGCAUUCUUUGGGGAACAGUACUCUCAGUGCAUUUUUAAAUGCUGAAAGCGUUCCUGUGGAAAAGCCUUCGAGAGUCUUACGAAGCACCUCAAAAUGUCAACAAACAUCAGCAACUCAUCCUCCCAGAGAAGAUGAAAGCGACUUAGAAAAGUAUUUUAGGGAUAGCGUAACGUUUUGGGAAAAUGGGAGUAAAAGAAGCCAGUCUAGCAAGAGAAAUAAGUCUGCGCUUAGCUUAAUAUUAGAUACUGCUAAACAAAAUGGCAAAACGAAUCAUGUUGCAAAUAACUUUAAAUGUAUUAAUGGUGAUGUACUAGAAGAUUUUAAGGAAAAUAGAAACGAUGACAGGAAUAGUUCAAUAGCAAAAAAGUGUAAGCUUUCAAAAUCAGUUAGAGAGCUAGGCAGAAUUAGUGAAGGAGAUUUAAAUAUAUCGAAUAUUAAUAAAAAGAAACCAAAUGUUAGAAAUCAUGAGCAACAAGAAGAGGUUAACAAUAAGAAACUUAAUAUUCAAAAUAAAUUUAAUGAUAUCAGGAAUAUCAGUUCAAAGUCUAUUAACUUAGUAAGUACAGAAAAGGGUGAAUCAAUUAUAAAUGGCUCAAAAGUUGAUAACGCUCCAUUAGAAUCCAUGAAUAAUGGUUCGACAAGAAUUUCACAUCAAUGUAGUAAUUCAAGUCUACCUUUCCGAGUACCUACCCAGGACCAGUGCAAAUUAAGUGCUUGGGGAUUACCGCCUUCCAUUCUUGAGAGAUACGAAUCCUGGGGGGUAACCAGUAUGUUUCCAUGGCAAGUUGAAUGUUUAUCCAACCACAGAGUAAUCGAGGAUUAUCGAAAUCUUGUGUACUCCGCUCCUACAUCUGCUGGGAAGACCUUAGUAGCAGAACUUCUCAUGAUUAAGACAAUCCUGGAACGUCAAAAAAAAGUUCUCUUUAUACUGCCAUACGUCUCUGUUGUACGAGAAAAGAUGUUUUACUUUCAGGACUUAUUAUCAAAUAGUGGAGUCAGAGUGGAAGGUUUCAUGGGAGGUUUGGCACCGCCUGGAGGAUUUGCAAUGACUCAUGUUGCGAUAGCAACCAUUGAGAAGGCAAAUUCAUUGAUUAAUCGUUUAAUGGAAGAAGGUGAUUUAUAUACCCUAGGAGCUGUCGUAGUUGACGAGUUGCAUCUUUUGGGUGAUCCAAGUCGUGGUUACUUGUUAGAGCUGCUCCUCACCAAAUUAAAAUAUAUGGGGUUUCGGGAUGAUCGCGUCAAAGUGCAGUUAAUAGGUAUGUCCGCUACACUCCCAAAUCUGUCUCUACUGGCAAGAUGGCUCGAUGCAGAAUUAUACAAAACAGACUUCAGACCAGUUCCAUUGAACGAACACUGUAAAAUCGGUACGACUAUAUACAACAAAGAACUUCAACCGAUAAAAGUUCUGACAUCCAGCCCGGAUUUGUCAUCAGAUCCUGAUAACAUCAUACAAUUAUGCAUAGAAACCAUAGCAGAUGGUCACAGCGUAUUAAUUUUCUGUCCUACGAAAAACUGGUGCGAAAAGUUAGCUCACCAAAUGGCUGCUUCCUUUUUCAAACUAGGUCGCGACAAUACUCCUAUAGGACAAAUUUUGAGAUUGCAACUGAACUAUACAGCCAUCACUGAAACUUUAGAACAACUUAAACGUAGUCCUGUCGGUCUGGAUGGAGUGCUUAAAAAUACAGUUUCAUUCGGCGUGGCAUUUCAUCACGCAGGACUGACGAUGGAUGAACGUGACAUCAUAGAAGGUGCCUUCAGAGCGGGUUCUUUAAGGGUUUUGGCAGCAACUUCCACAUUAAGCAGUGGAGUAAAUUUGCCAGCAAGGCGAGUCAUUGUUCGAUCCGUAAUGUUUCAUGGCAAGCCUUUAGAUAUCCUAAGUUACAAGCAGAUGAUAGGACGAGCCGGUAGAAUGGGAAAAGAUACCGAAGGAGAGAGCAUACUAAUAUGUAAGUCGAAUGAAAGGCAAGCAGCAGAGCAUUUACUGUCAGCUUCUCUGGACCCGAUAGAAUCUUGUCUGGAAGGUUCAGGGCCUCUAAUCAGAGCACUUUUAGAGGCGGUAGCUAGCGAGGUUGCAUUUACUCCUGCUGAUCUUGAUCUUUACACGAAAUGCACUUUAGUCAGUUUGACAGAAGAUGAUGACGUAGAGGGUCCAACGAAAGAAGCUAUUCAAUUCUUGGUGGACAAUGAAUUUUUCCUAUUACAGGGAAAUGAAAAUGGUGACCAGCGAUGGGUGGCUACGCCAUUGGGGAAAGCUUGUCUGGCUGCUUCGAUAGCUCCAAGGGAUGCAUUAUUCCUCUUCGAGGAGUUACAGAAGGCGAGGAAGUGCUUCGUAUUGGACACCGAAUUGCAUAUUGUGUACCUUGUGACACCUUUUAACACUGGAAGUCAAAUUGGACAAAUUGACUGGAUGAUCUUUUUUGAGUUAUGGAAGAAACUAUCAGAAAGUGAACGCAGAGUGGGGCAUCUCGUGGGAAUCGAGGAACGAUUUUUAAUGUCAGCUAUUCGAGGCACUGUCAAGCCUGGCAAGCCACUAAAUAUCCAUAGAAGGUUUUUCACUGCGUUGGCACUUCAUGAUUUGGUCCGAGAGGUUCCGCUGUCAAAAGUAUGUGAAAGGUACGGUUGUUGUCGAGGGGUGCUUCAAAGUUUACAACAAUCUGCUGCAACGUUUGCUGGAAUGGUGACACAUUUUUGCAAACAAUUAGGGUGGGACUGUGUAGAAUUGUUAGUCGGACAAUUUCAAACUCGUUUGCAAUUUGGAGUGUGCAGGGAAUUAUUAGACCUUCUACGACUUCCAUCGAUGAAUGGUCUCCGAGCCAGAAGUUUAUACAAGGAAGGAAUCACAACGGUUGCAGAAUUAGCGGUUGCUGAUGUUCUUGAUGUUGAGCGUGUAUUGUACAAGGCGUUACCUUUCGAAAGAGAGAAAGAAGAGGAGGGAGAACAUGAAAUGGAAGCUGUGAAGAGGAAUAAGAUGAGAACUAUAUUUGUGACAGGUCGAGAGGGGCUCACUCCGCAGCUGGCAGCAAUUUUGCUUGUGCACGAAGCAAGGACUUUGGUGCAAAAUGAAUUGGGUAUGGUUAACGUGCAAUGGACGGGACGAGAGGAAGUGUCGGAAUCAAGUGAAGAAUUAAGAGAUCCAUCGAAUGAAAACCCAGUUAAAGAGUCAUCGACAGCACAAAAUGAAAUACCUGAUAAAGAUACAUCUGUAGAUAUUACACAAAAUAAUUCGAUAAAUGAUGCCGGAAAUAUCAACAGUAAUCAACACGAUACAACGGAAAAAUUACCUGAACAUCAGAACGAGAUAAAUGUUACGAAAAAAAAUUCAGUUGACACCGAAAAGAGUUUGCAAGAUAAGAAAGAGCAAGUUACAAAUGAGAUCUUUGAUGAAAAAUUUGACACGUGGGAAGGAAAUGAAAUAUCCAAAUGUGGGCCUCGAAACGACGUGGCUGAUUGUUUAAGGCAGAGUGAAGAUAAUGUAGAAACAGGUAAUGAGAGGAAUGCAAGUAUUAAUGUUGAUGCAGUUGAAGAAAAUCAGAUUCAGGAUAAGUCUUCCAACGAGGAAAAACCGUGCAGGUCGCUUGUGUAUGUAAAGGAAAAAAAUCAGCUGCAAGUGGAAAAUCAUGAAAUUUCAGACGUGAGAAUUUUUGAUGAAUCGUUCUCAGCAAUUAAGAUUCCGACGAGCCAAUUGAGUACGCCGUUGCAAAAAGAAGUGAACAUGCCUUUGGAGCAAGAUGCAAUGUUUCCGAUCAUAAACCAAGGUAUACCGGAAGAUAAGACAUCGAAACCCUCAACCCCAUAUAGCCCUAGUUUGUUCGGUGACAGUUUGAACAUAGACACCCAAGCAUACGACAUCCUGGAGCAAAAUAUAAUUGGCUCUUUCGACAUGUCUACUUUCGAGAUGUCGAAUUUAUCUAAUCCAAAAUUAGUUAAAAAAGAUACUCCCAAAGAAAAUAUAAAAUCCAAGUCGAAGAGCCCAGAUAAAAAAAUCAGUGACCCCGUUGUCAAUUCCGUCUUGUCCUGGAAUCUUGGUCAGGAAGACGACUCCUGGAACAAUUCUAAAAUAAUUGCAGACAGGAUCUUUAAAAUAGAUAAGAAACUGGUUUCCGGAUUGAACAAGCCAAAUGCAGUUAAAGAUGCGAAGCCUCAGAAUGUCUCAGUUAACACCGAAGAAAUCUUACCAACGCAGUCCUUCGAAGAGGAAAAAAAUCAUAGAACCAAAUCUCGUACGCAGCGUACACAAAUUGUUUCUCAAAAGCGAAAAUACAAAGAUCUAUUCACUGGCAGAGCAGCGGCGCCCAUUACCAACGUGAUAACAUUUCCUCACAGUAAGAGAUUAUCAAUCGAGUCGAAUAAAUCUGAUUCAGACGACAUGAUAGGCCCUUCCCAGGGCUUCGAAAGAAACAUGAAAGUAAAUAAAAAUCGCCACUGCUUGAAAUUGGAAGCAAUGCGCAAAAUAGGAACAGUUAACAAUGAAGCUAACGAGGCAGAAAAUUGUCAGAAAUCUAAAACAUUCUUAGAAUUUAAAACAAAGGUAGAUGACAUUGAGCCAGAGAUUAUUCCAACUGUGUUCAAAACCCCAAUAAGAAGGUCACUAACGAAUAUAAAUUACAGUACUGACAGUGUUGUGUCAAACUCUGAUGACGACAUGCCAACGAAGAAGUCAAAGACCUUCCGAAAACUGAAAACCACUUCGUCGAUAAUUAAAUCAAGCGAGGUGAAAGUGGAGACGAUACAAAAUAAACUAGAAAAGCUCCAGGAGAAAGGUAAAGAUAAUGUUGCACUUUCAAUAAAUUACACGAUGCUGGACAUUGUUAAUGUCACCACUGAUAGAGCCAUCUUCAAAACCUUUAAACGUCACAUAAGGGAAAGAUCUGAGUUUGCCCUGGCAGCUGCUUGCGAAAAGGUGUCAAACAUUACGGUCAGCAUAGGAACGAGAAUCCUUGCUGUACCUGACAGUGAUAAGAAAAAGAAGUCGAGGAGAAGUGACAACUACGUUUAUGGAGACACGAAAGUGCGAGGAAUUGCAAUCUCUUGGGGACGAAAUGUCAUCUAUUAUAUUCCACUCUAUAAAGAUCACGAGGCAAAGGUAUCGGUUAAAGAGUGCAUGAGCCUGUUGCUCGAUGUACUCUCCACUCCAUCGAUGAGUGUUCGCUGCUUCGCAGCCAAAGAAGUAUACAAGACUUUACACCAGUGCUGCGGCAUAACACCAACAUGCAAAUUUAUCGACCCUAAAACAGCUGAUUGGAUGCUGAACUCUGAUACUUAUGAACGGAGCUUCAAUGCAAUGACUGCUGAGUACUUUCCAGCGGGACUCCCACUUAUGCACCACGCUGGGAUAUGCUAUCAUGGUACUGGACCAGGUCUAAAUAUUAAUAACUCCCUGCCUAGUGAAGGCAGAUCAUCGGUGGAAGCGAUGUGCACAUGGCACAUUAUGGAUGCAGUCCUUGAAAAGCUAAAUGCAUCGUCUCCAGAUAUAAUGUGUUCUUUCAGGGACGUCGAGAUGAGAGCAGUCGCGACUUUGGCACGAAUGGAAUUGACUGGGCUAGGAGUGAGUUUGAAAUCUUUGCAAGAGCUACUCGCAGUUUUGCAGCAAGAAACAGCUUCGUUGGAGCAGCGAUCCUUUGCCAUGGCAGGCAGGAAGUUCAAUUUCUCCUCGUCAAAAGACGUAGCGCAGGUACUUGGAAUGUACAAGGGUAAAAAAGUCAGUACGAACAAGGUAGUGCUGGAGCAGAGUGACAACCCCAUCGCUAAACUGAUAAUUUCAUGGCGCAAACUCAACGUGACUCAAACUAAAAUGGUACUUCCGUUGAUAAGCUUAGCACAGGAUGGUUCUCGAGUGCAUGGUAUUUGUGUGACUAAUACAGCGACAGGUCGAGUGUCCAUGCACGAGCCCAAUUUGCAAAACGUUCCCAGAGAUUUCAGCUCGGAGGAUAACAGCUUCGUAAUCAGUGUGCGAAUGGCAUUUGUCCCUUCGAUGGGAAAUGUCAUGCUGUCAGCUGAUUACUGUCAGCUAGAGCUCAGAAUAUUGGCACAUUUCUCAAAAGAUCCAGUCCUCUGUUAUAUCAUGCAAAAGGAUGGAGAUGUCUUCAAGAGCAUCGCUGCUCAAUGGAACCAUGUAACCGAGGAAAAUGUGGAUGACACAAUGAGACAGCGGACCAAGCAACUGUGUUACGCUAUGAUCUAUGGCAUGGGUUCGAAAGCUCUAGCAGAGCUUCUGACAGUGACCGAACUAGAGGCCAAGGAAUUUCUGGACACAUUUAUGAAAACCUAUCCAACAAUCAAAACUUGGCUACACAGUGCGGUGGAAGAAGCAAGAGUUGAUGGUUACGUUACAACUUUAAUGCACAGGCGUCGGAUACUUCCUGGACUGUACAGCAAGGACCCAUCGGAGAAAGCACAAUCGGAGAGACAAGCCAUUAACACCAAAAUUCAGGGAUCGGCAGCAGAUAUAGCUAAGAAAGCCAUGGUUACGAUAGAGGAGAGAGUACACCAGCAGUUUCCUAAUUCACUGUCAGUUCUUAGCAAUACUCAGUCGAAAUGGAGAUUGCGGAGUAACAAUAGAGAAUCGCAGACGAAAGGUGCUUAUUUGACUUUGCAACUCCACGAUGAAUUGUUAUAUGAGGUGAACAGAGAUGAUCUAGAAAAAGUAGCUAAAAUCGUGAAAGAAUCAAUGGAGCAAGUGCAUCAACUUUUGGUGCCACUGCCAGUAAAAAUUAAAGUUGGUCCUGCCUGGGGUGACCUUACCGAGUACAAGAUCCCUGAAAAGCAAGGCCUAAUCUAACUUAUUACUAGGUUCUUUGUACCUCGUCUUAAUCAAUUUUUUUUAUAUUGCUAUUGCAUGUCACACCGAUUUUAUGCUUUCAUGAAUUGUACAUACUCACAAUUAUUUAAACGCAGGCAACAUUUUUUUACCUCUGCGAUGUCAAUGAAUUGUAAGAUAAGCCUAGCUUUUUAUAUACAAUUAAGCGCUAUUGCUCUAGAAUAAAUUAUUCUCCAUCGUCAUAAGAAACAUAGUCAUUUAUUUACGUCGAUUCGCAAUUAUAUACUAAACAUUAUAUGUAAUGUACAUGCGAUAGAUACACGAUUUUCCACACUUC